AUGGGUUCGCCACGGAGCUCCGGGGGCGUGCCGGUUUACGUGAUGCUCCCGCUCGAUACGGUCUCGAGGGACGGGCAGCUCCAGCGGCCGGAUGAGCUCGCCGAGCGCAUGUCUCGCCUGAAGCGCGCGGGGGUCGAAGGGGUGAUGGUGGACGUCUGGUGGGGCAUCGUCGAGAGGGACGGCCCGCUACUCUACGACUGGGCCGCGUACCUCGACCUCGCCGGGUUGGCGAAUCGGAUCGGCCUCAGGCUGCACGCGGUGCUCUCCUUUCACUCAUGCGGCGCGAACAGGGACGACGACUACCACGUCCCGCUGCCCCGAUGGGUCACCGACGCGGUGGCGCGCGACCCCGACGGCCUCCUCUUCGCCGAUCGCGCGGGAACCAAGAGCGACGAGUACCUCUCGCUGUGGGCGGAUGAAGCGCCGAUGAUGAUCAUGGACGGCACCGCGGAAGCCGCACGGAUGGAACACGCGCCUCCGCGGACCCCGCUGGAGUGCUACCGCGACUUCAUGGUCUCGUUCAAGGGGGCGUUCGCCGAGAUCUUGGGCUCGGUCGUCACCGAGGUGCUCGUGGGAUGCGGUCCUUGCGGCGAGCUUCGGUACCCGGCGUACGCGGCUUCGCGCGGAUGGGAGUUUCCCGGCGUGGGCGAGUUCCAGUGCUACGACAGGCGCGCGCUGGAGUCCCUUCGCGCGGCGGCGGUCAACGCGGGUAGGCCGGAGUGGGGCGCCGCGGGUCCCCACGACGCGGGGACGUACAACUCGCACCCGGACGACACCGGCUUCUUCUCCAACGGCAAAGGAAGGAUCCGUUCGCCGAACGGGCGGUGGGACAGCGACUACGGGCGGUUCUUCCUCGGGUGGUACUCGCAGGAGCUGGUGGCUCACGGGGAUCGGGUGAUGGGCGCGGCGGCCGACGUUUUCAACGGCACGGGCGCGAGGCUGGCGCUCAAGUGCGCCGGCAUCCACUGGUGGUACCGCACCCGGUCGCACGCCGCCGAGCUCACCACGGGGGGCGGCAACGGCGUGCCCGGCUACGACGGCAUCAUGGCCAUGUGCCGGCGUCGCGGCGUCGGCGUCACGUUUACGUGCGCGGAGAUGAGCGACGGCGAACACCCGCCGGAGAUGCGAUGCGGGCCCGAGGGUUUGCUGCGGCAGGUCGUAGCCGCCGCGGACAGGCACGGGGUUGAGAUUUCGGCGGAGAACGCCCUGUACCGCUGCGACAGCGGGGCUUACAAGCAGAUGGUUCGGAAUAGCAUGGGUCUGUCCGGCGACGGCGGCGGCGGGAUGCACUCGUUCACGUUUCUUCGACUGUGCGACUCGCUGAUGGAGCCGGAUAAUUUUGCACAGUUCGAGACGUUCGUGAGGGACAUGAGCGGAGAUAGCGCCGGGGGAAGGUGAACGACACGAGACGGACUCAUCGUUUGGGCCCAGAGUUGAAACAACAAAGGAUUG